AUGGCCCACAGCAUCGAGCGACAGCAGUUCUUGUCCGGUGCCGACCUUUUUGAGGCACCCGUUGUCCCAGGGAAUGUGCUCACACAAGGCAGAGCAUAUGUUUUGUUGGACGAUAUCAAGAAUAAGGCCCCAAGCGCAACCAGUUUUAGACGUGGAAAGCGGAUAGUAAAUUAUAUGACUGAUUCCGCAGGCAAGAGCAUACUCCCUCUUCGGAUAGAGCACCGGGCGGGCUCGACCAUCGAGAUCCUCAAAGCGCGCUCCCCUUGCGAGAUUCCUCCGACUUAUUUCUCCAAAGAGAUUGCACCUCAACGUAGGAGUACCGAGGAAGAAGUAGUCAAACGAAAGCUCGUUAUUCUGGAACCUAGGGUCUCUGGCGAUGUUAACAGUCAGAUCAGAUCCUCGGUCCAUAUCUACGAGUCUUUCAUGCAAUGCAUCCAGGGCGGCGAGACCGCGCAAGCCAAUGCGCUGAGGAAUGACUUUCAAGACCACUUCCUAAUGCUCCUGGAAAUGAUGUCCAAGGACCAUAAACUGAAGAAGAAGAUGUUCAGAAUGCAGCAAACCAUGCUCGACAUGCAGCAGAUCUUACUUGACACACAACAGGCCAUGAAAGACAUGCAGCAACAGACACUUGAACGGCUAGCCAUCAUCCAGAGUCGCGCGCAGGAUAUCUUGAACCAAAGCUAUGACCUGUACGAAUGUCCCGUCCCCCGACUGUUCAUCAUCCUGCCCAAAGACGACGAUGGCUCACAUGGAGAUCCCACGAAUUUAGUGCACAAUCAGUUUCGGCUCUACUUUUUGUGCGAGUGCGGUGAGCACACGAAACCGACACAGAGCAAGAACAGCAGCACGACCAAUAUCCCGCACCAUAUCCAUAUGGCCAAGCAUGCAGGAUACGAUAUCGAUAAGCCCGCUGAGUUCUUUAGAGAGUAUGGUUCGUAUGUGCUCAGUUUGUUGCACAUGCUGAAGUACGGCAUUUCCGCUGCAGGAUUCACGGUCCCAGCAUUGGCACCGCGCUGGGAUAACAACGAUGAUCACAGCUCUGGGGCAAGGAUCACGCAGGCGAUCGAACACUUGGAGCAUUUGUCAAGCAGGGGAGAGUUUUCGGAUUCUAGUACAAGGAGCGAGCCGCACCGUCAAUAUUCUGUGGAGGACCUGCCAUCAGCCGAGAGUGUAGAUCUAGGACGAUUGCGCCAGUAUUUGAAGAGCGACGGCACUGGGGAGGCCCUGGGGAACCUGCAUCGGAUGGUAACAGGAGAGCGUCGCGUUCAAUGGGUGUGUGUAGACCAUUUUCGAGAAGCACACAAUGCCAUGGCAAUUAGGGAUCUGUCCGAGCUGGUUCAGGUCAACUGCGGGACCUUUGAGGAGCGUCUCGGUCGCGUGAAGAUCUCUUUGUCGUCCAGUGUGAUCGCAUGCCAGUUCUAUAAGGUAAUGGAGCGGGCCAAGAUUGUCCUCGAGUUCGCCGUCGUGCUCAAGUGGGAGGUUUCCGUGAACGAUCUUAAGGCGCUACAGCAGGCCGUUUACAACUCGAAUAUCGCAAGCCUGAACCUCACCUGCGUCGCGCCCAAUGCAGCCUCGGAUUUUCUCAGCCGCAAGAAGAGAUCCGAUCCGCUUUGGGAAAUUAUGAUGGGCUCAAAACUACACUCGUUUAUCUUGAACGAUUACAGGGGUUUUUUCUCUAGCGUCGGCAUCCCUGCAAGGACGAACAACCUUCGCACGCUGAAGAUCUUUGAGCACGUCGACUGGAAGAAGGAAGGCGCCAGGGUGAUCGGACUUCUCCGCCAAUGUCCUCGAUUAACAGACCUCCAUCUCGGGUGCACGAACGCUGAGGACGCAUAUACAUCUAUCAUGAAGACCACGACGGGAUUCUGUCCUCUGGAACAGCUCGCUUUGGACGGAGGUGUCAACAAUGGUCUGCUUGUACGGUUCAGAAGACGAAAUCCGGUAUGGAUGGAUUUGUUGUUAACGAAUCCAUCCAGCCAACUACUGGUUGCUGCACAGGGACUCCGGAAUCUACAUCUACGGCUUCUCUCACAAGCAGAAAUCAACGCCAAACUGCUAGAGGACAUUAUCAGCAAGAACCCGACCCUCCACAGGCUGACGAUACAGUGUGCCGUUUCAGAUUUUCAGCGGAUACUGAUGGUCGUGAAGGAAACUGUCUCGAUGAGCAGCUCCAGCGCCCUGACAAUCCUUAGUCUUUACAGCAACCGGAACCAAUUGUUCGCGAAGAACCUACAGGAUGAAGCCUCUGCGACACUAGAGCUCAUGUCUACGUCCGUGUCCGCCGAGACUCUCAGUUUGCUCCUGAAGGUGCAUGGUCCCCGGCUAACGAGGCUACGGAUUAAUGAGGAAUCGAUCAAGUGCCUGUCGACCUUGGGCAAAGCCCUGCAGAAUUCGGGCUCGAUCCUCAACCGUCUCGAAAUCGCAAGCACGUACAUAAGCGCAAGCGCCCUCAACGACCUGCGGCUGAUCUUGCGGUGCUCUAGAUCGACCCUGUCGGUCCUGACAAUCACGGUCUACUCACCCUGGGAUGGGUCCAGAGGGACCUCUGAUCUGAGUGAUUUCAUUGUUGAGUUCGACUCGCUAUGGACAGAGAUCAUUGUGGGGAUAGCAGAGGUGGGUGGAUGGAAGACAAAUCUCAAGUUACGCGGAUUCAAGGGUCCAGACAAGCUGUUCACGUUAGUACCGUCUUUUGUGCAGAGGAUCAACAGGCUGGAGUCACAUCUAGGAAUACUUUCGAUGGAACAUAUCUCAAAGCUGCACACCUUUCCCAAGGGGCUAGCGGCGUGA